AGCAUUAACAGCCGUGGCUUGCAGCGGGCAGCCGCCAAGAGCAGAGGAGAGGUCGCUAGACGGCCGCCAAGAUCACUCUGCCUCCCCUCCUGAUCCUCCUUCGCAGGGUCCUCUCCGUACGAGCUUCGCCCUUCUUGUCUCCGGAUCACCUCGCAGAGACAUCCUGACGACUCGGUGCUGGCCGGCAGCUGCCCGGCCCACGACUUCCAGGGCAGCGACUUGCCGGACCAUGGCCGUGAUCGCCGCCGCGGAGAAGGGCGCCGAUGCCCUGCGGCGCCAGUUCCCCCACGUCGAGCUCGAGACCAUCUCGCUCUUUGUGGAGUCUUGCGGAGAGGCGCUGGACGCGGAGAGCGUGGAGGCGCUGGUGGAGAUGCAGGCGGAGGCGCAGAAGGAGGUCCGCUUCGGCCAGCCCGGCUUCUACCCCACGCGCGAGUGCGAGGCCGUCGCGCGCGAGCGCGCCGACGACUGGCGCGGCGCGGGCACCGAGCUGGCGCUGCUCCUCGAGGGCGGCGGCGACCCGCCCCGCGUCGGGACGGUGCUGCUCAUCAGCGGCUUGGAGGCCUUCGAGGCGGCCUGCGUCGCGGUUCCAGACGGCCAGGUGUUCGCAUUGGCGCCGCAGGCACCACCCGCACGUUUUUUGGUGUCCGAGUACGGGAUGCACGAAUUGCGGGUCAUCGCUGCUGGCGGAAAAGUGCUUCGUUGUCAUUUCAUGUCGACGUCGCAGCUGGGAGACUUCGCCGAGGCGAUGGACCACUUCCACGACGCCUGCGACUGGGUGUGGGAUGGCAAGUGGACGGAUGAGCUGGAGGCAGCCACCAUGGGCAUGCUUGUAGAGUUGGACGACUACUUCUCGUCCCUGGACGCCGCUAUGGCGAGGAGCCCGCUCGGGGAGACCCUGAAGUCCGAGAUCGGCCCGUCGAGGCGCCGCCUGGAGGCGUGCCUGGCCAAGGCGCUGGAGCACCAGGACGCCCAGUCGGUGGGCCGCAUCUACUCGGGCGUACGCAGCUUCCUGCAUGCCCAGGGCGUCAUGAACAUGCUGCCGGGGAUGCUGGGCGGAGGGCUGGGCAUGGGCCCGCUCCGAGACAGCGGGCUCUACAGGAGCGUCCUCGCGUUCGAGCGGGAGCGCUUCGCAGCGGCGUCCAGUGCGAAGCAGGCCGAGGUCAGGAGUGCCCUCACGCGGCUGAUCGAGACGGCCGACGCGCACGCUGCGGAGCUGGAGGGCGGCAGCUCCACGGACUUCCCAAAACGGUGGCGCAGCGGCUUGCGCAGCACCCUGGUGGAGAUGCUCGAGGACCCGGAGGCCGUCAUACACCCGUUGCCCUUCCAGCAGCUGCGUGGGGGCGACGAGGGCCACAUAGCCGAGAUGAUGCGGGGCGUAAUGGAGUCGAUGGGGAGCAGCGGCAGCAAGGUUGUUCGGCGGUCCGACACUAUCGAGGGGAUCUCGGCCAUCAACCCCGACUCCGCGUUCGAGGAGGUGGACGCGAAGGUGUCCCGCUGGGACGAGAGCUUCGUUGACGAGGCCAUCACCUUCGGGAGCCCGAUGCACAGCUUCGAGGUGCACGGUGCGGAGCCCUGUGUGGAGACAGUGAUGGCCGCCAUCCAGAACAUCCUUUCGCUGGGCCUGGCGUAUGUGACCCAGGGUGCUAACGACGCACCCACUUCGAAGCUAAUCGCGCUGAUGGGCAGAGAUCGUGCUACGCUGCCCCUCAGCGAGUACGACGAGUUCUUGCAGGACAGGAGACGGCGCGAUCGGCUGAAGGACGUGUGCCGCGUUGUGCGGGCCGUCAGGAAGAAGGGACAGCGUUUGGCGUUGACGGUGAACACGGACUUUGAGGGUACGCUCAAGGCGUUGAAGGAGCACCACGGCGACGACAACUGGGUCGGGGCCAGCCUCGAGGCCGUGUGGAGGAAGAUGGCCGAGCAGGGGCGCGCCUUCGCCUUCGAGCUGUGGCUGCACGGGGCCGACGGGGCGGCCCCGAGGCUCAUCGCGGCCGACUUCGGGCACCCGCACACGCACGGCCUGGCCUAUUACGUCACCACACGCUUCUUCGACCGGGAGUUCCGCACAAUCCAACCGGGCUUUAUCCUCGCGUUCGCGGAGGCCGAGUGCAUGAGGCGCGCGGGAGUAGAGCUGUGGGACCUCGGCGGCGCGGACAAGUCGCCCAUGAUGUCAUACAAGCCACAGGUGGCGAUCGAGAUGGGCCGCAGCGGCUUCCUGCGCCGCCUGCGGGAGUGCCGUCUCCUGGGCGACCGGGCGGCCUCCGAGGCCGCUGCCGCCGCGGGGGCGCCGCCGCCCGAGCAGCGCGGGCGCCUCGCGCUCCGCGACGGCCGCGCGGCGCCGCCCGGCUGCGGCGACCGGAUCCCAACCGGCGUCGUGUUCGAGGACAUCACUGAGGCGGAGCUCUGGGGGACUGCCGUGCUGCAGGCGCACGAGGAGCAGCUGAAGGCGCAGCAGGAGGCGGCUAAGCAGGCUGCCAAGAAGAUCCAGAAGCCUUCCAAGGCAUCGCGGAAGGCCCAGAAGCAGCCGCAGCAGGCGGCGGUUGCGCAGCCCGAGCCAGGGGAAACGCGGCCUGGCGCCUCUGACAGCGGCGCGGCCGCCGCCGCCGCCGCCGUCGUCGCGGAGCCCCUGUCCGAGGCCGCCGCGGCUCCGGCGCCGACGAGUGGCGCCGCCGCGCAGCCAGAGGCCGUUGCGGCGCCGCCAGAGGCCGCCGCCGCGCAGCCAGAGGCCGGCGCGGCGCCGCCGAGCGCGCCCGAUGAGGCCGCCUGCGCGCCAGCGGUCGCGAAGGUGGCCCGGGGCGGAGGACGGUGCCGCCAGGAGGGUCUUCCUGGAGCUCGUGGCCAAGGGCGUGCCCCACAACGAGGCCGCGGCGCAGGCGCUGCACAUCGUCUCGUGCAGGUGAGCGUUCCGGCGGCCCGCGGCAGGCCGAGCCGCCCCUCGCUUGCUCGAGGCCCGGGUUCUGGGCUCCUCGUGGCCGGUGUGGCAGCUCCCGCUCUUCCUCCAGCUCUCUUCGGCGUUGUCCAUGAAUCGCGCCUGGCGCAGGCGUGGCGGGGCGCCCCAUAAGCGGACACCUCGGCCUCGCGGCCCGCGUGCCGAUUCGGCACACUGCGCUGCAGGCUGCGGCCAAUCCCGUGACAGAAAGCCGCUGCAGGUGUCCAGCCGGAGGGGACCCCCAUGUGUCGGCGGCCCAGGGAAA